AUGACUCCCACCGAGCAGAAGGAGUACCGGUCCGUCAGCGGCUGCUUGCAAUGGGCAGCGACACAAUGCAGGCCUGAGAUCUCACCGCUCAGCCUGUCCAACCAAGGUGCACAGACCACCUACCAAGGCCUCAAAGACCUGUACGAGGGCCUGGACUACCUCAAGUCCACGUCGAUGCAGGGCCUGACCAUCCAGGACAUCCCCUUCACCAAGGACUCCCUGGUGCUCGGCUACUCAGACGCGAGCUGGUGCAAUGCCAGCCGAAGCGGCUCUCAGAUCGGUCUGGUGAUUGGCAUCGCCAGCAUGGAGGCAAAGCAGAAGCCGGUGAAGUUCACGCCGUUAGAUUGGCGGAGCUCACGAGCCCCACGGGUCUGCCGAUCGACUCUGGCAGCUGAAGCUUGCGCUGCGGACGAAGCAGCUGAUCGUGGAGCAUACCUCAACCGGAUCAUCUCUGAGUUGAUCUAUGCACAACCCUCACACCGAGUUGGCUGCCGCAUGUCCUAUGCCCAGGCCACGGACGCCCGCUCGCUCUACGACGCCAUCAUGGCUGAG